AUGAAUAAUAAUAUAAAUGAAAAUGAUAAUGAUCUAGAAAAGGAAAAAGAAAAGGAAAAGGAAAAAGAAAAAGAUAAAGAAAUCAAAGAUACAAUUAUUGUUGAAAGUAAUACAAAAGAGCAAAUUGAUAAUAAAAGUAAAAAAGAUAGUAGUAAUAGUAAUAAAACAGAUAUAAAUAGUAAAGAGAAGAAAGAAAGUUAUACAUUUAGAUCAUCGUUAUCAUCCUUUUUAUCGAGUUAUUAUAAUAAUGCAACCACUAGCACAGUGUCAUCUAAGGAUAGUAAAGAAUCGAGUGGAUUACUCUCGGGAAUAAAGAAUUCAAUAUCGUUGAUCACCAAUAAUCUACCUUCGACACCGUCGAUGUUGACCUCAUUGUCACCCAUCACUUUACUGUCAUACGUCUCCAGUAGUAUUCCAUUUCCAAUAUCAUACAAUCGAACAACGACCAACAGCAGUGGCGCUGCCGGUGGAACUGCAACAGCCAAUGGCGGAGUAGUCGGAAAUGGACAACCGUUAGACGCACACAUCACCAAGACCAUUACCAACCUUGAAGCAUGCUUCGCUGAGAUCAAAGACAGACUUUCACUACCACAACACAGUCACCUGAUUUCCACCAUAGACAGUUUUAUAGAUUCUAUUCAUGAGUCAUCCGUUGGUGAAGCUGACAAUCAACAAAACACUGAGACUAACAAUAGCAAUGAUAAUGACAAUGCAGACAACAAUCAACAACAACAACAACAAUCUGAAAACAAACAAAUGCUAUCAACAAGUGAUAUCUCAACUUCAACAAUGUCGUUUAUCGCUACUGCACUGCCGAUGCUAUUGCAUGCUUGUGCUGGUGUAUCAUUCAAGUCACAGUCGUCUACUAUCACUUCGAGCAGUCCAAAGCUGUCGGCGUUUAAGGAGCUUUCAAGUCAGCAGAUUGAAGUUGUAAUCUAUGAGUAUCUCGAACAGUAUAUCACUACUAGGUUGUAUCGUCGUAUCUUCUCGUUGCGCUCAAACAUCGAGAUGGAUACACGUCUCUGCGAACACAUCUCCACCUUUCAAUUCAUCACGCCAUCGAAUCUAGACUUUGACAACAGCAUGAUAUCGAACCAGCAGCUCGAACAAAUACAAGAGCAGCUGCUACACAUGACCAGCUGUAAAACACCAAGAGAGAAAUUGAAUUCACUACGCAAGAGUUUCACCAUUCUCUUUAAGCUAUUGACACAAGAUAAGAGUAAACCACCAAUCGGUGCUGAUUUACUUUUACCAAUUGUUAUUUAUGUGUUAAUUAAAUCAAAUCUACCAUUUUUGUUAUCGAAUGUACAGUUUAUUACUUUGUUUAGAGAUCCAAAUUUAAUUGAACCAGAGACAAACUACUAUUUGGUUACUUUGAUUACUGCUGCUACUUUUAUUCAGAAUAUGACGGUCGAUCAAUUGACAAAGACAGACACCAACAAUGAAGCAAACACCAACAAGAUUGCCAAUAGCGAAGAAACCACCACCACCACCGAUAGUACUCAAAACGUAGAGAAUGUCGAAUCAAAUGAUAAAGUUAACAAUGAAAAUAAGGACAAUUCUGUGAACAAUGUUAACCACACUCCCAUAAAAAUAGAUAAUAACAAUAUCAUCGAUAGUUUGAAACAAAAAGAUAAUAAUAAUAACAGCAACAAUAGUAAUAAUAAUAAUAAUAAUCAAGAUAAAGUGGUAGUUCCUGUUAUUGAAAAUAUAGGUGAACCAAACAGUACAACCAUUUUCGAAAUCAAAAAGAAGCAAUGGAAGUAUUAUAAGAGUAAACCAGAGGAUCUUUCAAUUAAAGAUGUUAAAGAGUUGAUUAAAGAUUUCGAUUCAUUGGUAGAUAUAUGGUUUAACAACAACAACAACAAUAAUAAUAAUAAUAAUAAUAAUAACAACAAUUACAAUAACAAUAGCAAUAGUAGUCAAACUCAACCAAGUUCUAAAACAUAUACAGUUACUAUAUAUGAUCAUCAUCCAUGGUUGAAUCCAGAUUUCGAGGCGCCAAUUGAACAUGGUGUUGUUACACCGGGAUUGGUAACUCAAACUCUUAAUGCAAAUGGACUGCCAGAAUUCAUUGGUGCUAAUGGUGCUGGUGCCAUCACCAAUGCCUCGACCUAUUCUCAGUGGUUCCACAGUGUACCGGGUGUAAAUAUUCCUUUGAAUCUAGAUUUGGUGUUCAGCCAAAACACUAGUGACCAAAGUAAAUAUUAUCUUAUCAAUGAGCAUUUCUUCCCGAUCAACAACAAAGGUUGGGAUGCCAUAAAGAACGCAGAUGGAUCCAAUGUCUAUAGACUCUAUAAUGACAGUGUCAGUUAUCAAAACUUCCAUUUCUGUCUACAUUUGUCUGCUUCCUUCCAUUUCAAGGGUUCCGAAACUUUUGUUUUUGCUGGUGACGACGAUGUCUGGUUGUAUAUUAACAACAAGUUGCAAGUAGAUUUGGGAGGAAUUCACGAGAUGGCCAACUACACUUUGGACUUUUCCUCCAUUGGAAUAAAAGCCGGUGAUUUCUGUCAAUUUGACUUUUUCUACUGUGAAAGACACACAAUUGCUUCCGAGAUUACCAUCACCACCGGUUUGGAUUUGAUUUGUUCUUACACCGAUUAUUGUGGAGUUUGCCAAGGUUCAGGUGCUUGUUGUAAUGAUAAAGUUGAUUGUAAUGAUGGUAAUGCUUGUACAAUUGAUGCUUGUCCAACACAAUUGAAUAAUGCUAGUUUGGCCAAUGGAAAUUGGAAGAAUUUCUGUACUCAUACACCAGUCACAUGCACACCAAAUAACAAAUGUGAUAUUGUGAGUUGUAAUAGUGCCACUGGAAAAUGUGACCAUUCACCACGUACUUGUCCACCAAUUCCAUGUAAUACAGUGAUUUGUAAUGUGAAUUUGGGAUGUCAAUACACACCAGUUCAAUGUCCUUCCGAUUUAUGUAAUAACUAUCAUUGCGACGCAGGUACCAACACCUGUUUGGCCACUCCAGUUAAUUGUGACGAUGGCAAUCCCUGUACUACCGACACCUGUAAUCUUAAGUACGGAUGUCAAUACAUCAAUAAGACAUGUGACCAAUGCAGCGAAUGUGUUCAGGGAACAUGCACACCUAUCACUGGAUGUGUCAACUGUACCACUCCAUGUUUGGCACCGGAUGACAAGUGUUUGAAAUCCGUCUGUGACAAAGGUGUUUGUUCAACUGUUUCCAGUGUUAUCACUGAUAACAAUCCAUGUACAACCGAUACCUGUAUCGAUGGUAUCACUUACUAUGCUGCUGUGGAGUGUAACAACACCGACAAAUGUCAACAUGCAAUCUGUAACGCCACAACCGGAAAGUGUGAUUUCACACCUGUCAAUUGUAGUGAUGGUAAUCCAUGUACUUUGGAUAGCUGUACCAAUGGAACUUGUGUAAAUGUAGUUAAUACUUGUGACGAUGGAAACUACUGUACCAUAGACACCUGUGAUGAGCAGAAGGGCUGUGCUCACACUCCAAUGGUAUGUGCCGCUCCAGACAAAUGUACAGUCUCAGUUUGCAACAGUACCACCAAGAGCUGUGUCAAUCAGCCAAGAGUAUGUGAAGAGCCAGCAGAUUUCUGCCAGAUCGCAAUUUGUAAUAAUAAUCUCGGAUGUCUGACGAUCGAACGUGCAUGCAUUCCACCAUCACCAGACUGUCCAUAUGCAGUCUGUAACAAUGUGAGUAGAGCUUGUGAGAUUAAGAACUACAGUCCGACCCCAUUCAGUUGUAUCAGCUCGGCUGCCAAAGCCGGUAUUGCUAUUGGUGCGGCUGCGAUCGCUGGUAUUGUCAUUGGAGGUGCAGCAGCUCUAGCUUUAGCUGCUUUCGGUGGAAAGAAGGGUUACGAAUUGUGGAAAGCCAACCAAGACAACAAGAUCAGUGGUUCCAACUCUAACCCACUAUAUCAACCAAAUCCAAAUAAUCGUGAUAAUCCAAUGUAUCAAAGUUCCGGUAAUUUAACAGAUAACAAAUUUGAUCAUGAUCCUAAAUUUGUGGUGCAGAAUUUCUAA